AUGUCCCAAGGGUUCGUGAGGGGCGAGCCUGAGUGGUUGACUUGUUGCGCAAGAGUAAACAAGUUCUACCAAAACGAUAGCAGUCAGUGCGAGUCGAGAAAAGAUAGGAGAGGUGUUCUCCUCUAUGCCGAAGCACAAGCUAUCAAACUGAUGAAGAAGGCCAACGGCUUUGGCACUUUCCUAUGGACAACAGAUGAAUGGCGGAUGGUAAUAAUUGGAAUUAUUUAUGAAAAUGAGGUACGAGUAUAA